AUGCUGCCGCGGGGCCCGCUGGGGGCGCGAUGGCGGCGCGGCGGAGAGUUUCUUCACCACAUAAGCAGUAAAAAAGCUCGCAGCUCCAAUUUCAACUGUGUCGUGACCACCGAUGUGAGGCACGAUGGGUCUGAACCGAUGGUGGACAUCAUGUUUGGUGACGGAGAGAGAUUGAUAAUGAAAGGAGCCAACCUGACAACUCCAGAAAUGUUAUUUGCAUUAAACUCGAGAUGUAGAGCAAAAGAGCUUGAGGCUGAAGAGAAAGUCAAGAAAAAAAGUGCUUGAUAAGGAGAAGGACAAUGAAGUUUGUUCAUACUUGUGGAAAACAAUGCGCGGCUUCUGUCGUCAAAACUACUGAGGAAACUCUGAAAAAGAUCUGGAUGAAAUACCAGCCAUUUCAAUACAUAGGAUUUAUUUGAACAUCUUUUACUUUUCCUAGGGAAAGUAUAAUUGAGACACUAAAACCUGUUUAUCAGUGAUAGGCUUAAUGUAUCUUAAAUGCACAGAUGCAUCAUUCUAACCACCGGUCUCUUGUACAUCUAUACGCUGGACAAGUAUCAUAUCUAGUUAUAUAUACAUCAACAUGAAUAAUAAAACUGAGUAACAAAUUUGUUACAAAAUGAAAAAA